AUGUGUAGAGACGAAAAGCAUCGAGAAAAAAGGAGAAAAGAGGACAGAAGCCGCCCGAAGAAGAGAUUUUCGCUUAAGGAUAAGGAACGCGAGCGAGAAAAGAGGAAAGCGUUGAUCUCAGAACCGGUUGGAGAAGUUCGACAUACUUGUCACGUAGGCAUAGACGGCACUGCGUUCGGUCUCUUGCAGCUUGACAAGAAAGAACUGGUGGCGCCAUCAGUGUCUCCGUCGUCUGUGCGUACGAACGGAACGCCAGCUCAAGCCCACUUGGCACCUUCUUUGUCACAGGUUUCGUCUCCGGUUAUUCUACGAAGUGCAGCCGCUCGUGAGGGUAUCACCGUACGGGAAACGAUGUCACUGCGAGACGUACUACCUUCCAAGGUAAUUUCUUUCCGUGCCUCUGAGGGCCAAUGGAGUUGGGAGGGGCAGUGGGUGAAGCUAAUAUGCCCACACUUUUCUUGCCUGCGCUCUCUAGAU